AUGUCUCUCUCCCAUUGUGUUCCGGCGCCAAGUUCACCCCUAAACUAUUUCCUCCGGGCCAAGAGACGAUUAAACUCAGGAGCCAAGAACUUCCCCGGGACGGUGCUGAACGCCUCUGACGGGCCACCAGCCAGUAAACCCAACAAGCCACCAGCCAGUAAACCCAGCAAGCCACCAGCCAGUAAACCCAGCAAGCCACCAGCCAGUAAACCCAACAAGCCACCAGCCAGUAAACCCAACAAGCCACCAGCCAGUAAACCCAACAAGCCACCAGGCAUUAAACCCAACAAGCCACCAGGCAUUAAACCCAACAAGCCACCAGGCAUUAAACCCAACAAGCCACCAGCCAGUAAACCCAACAAGCCACCAGCCAGUAAACCCAACUUGAUCAAGCACAUUACUGGGUGGGGUGAAGCACGAGCGCCCGGUGUACAGGAGUGUGUUUAUGCAUGGGGUUGA